CCUAUGGGACCUAUAUAAAGGUUCGCAGCCUACCCAACAUUUUACAUUCAAACCUUCCGUUUUCAUUCGGAUCUCUAUUCUCUCUAUUCAACUUAAAACCCACAAAAAUUGAAAAAAAAAAACCGAUUAAAUUCACUGAUUUCCCAUUUUUCAUUCAAUCAAUUUCUCUCUCAUAAACAACAAUGGCGUUCAAGAAAACACUAGUACAACGAUUAUUCAAUCUCUCACGAUUCUCAACACCUUCAAUAUCACGAACCACCGCCGCAAAACCACCCUCUGAGCCUCCCGAACCUUCUAGAAUAAAGCGUAACAUGCAACGCCGUCCACUCUACCAAGCCGCGAUGCCGCCGUCAUCGGCGGCGCUCCGGCUAUUCCCUCCGACGGGAGAAAAUCUCGUCGAAAAACUAAAGGAAUUAAACGUCGCAAAAGAUCGAAUUCGAUUGAGCGGGUUGAUUCCGUUACCGGAGAAAUCGAGGGCAACGGCGGCGCGUGAGGAGGAAUCGCCGGUAGGAUUAUCGGCGAGUGAGGUUCGAAAAGUGUUGAGAGCGUCGCAAGUUGAAUUGAUAAGAUCAAAGUUGAACGAAGUUGAGAGAGAUUGGGUAACGUAUGAGGAAUUUAUGGAGUUAAUUGAGGAAAGUGUUGGUGGUAAUAAAGAUCAAGCGUUUUCUUUUGCUAAGAGUUUAGAUGAUAGCGGUUCUGUUAUUGUUCUUGGAAACGCUGUUUGCCUUCGUCCUCAUCAGGAAGUUAGAACAUUGGUAGCUAAGGCCAUUCAGAGCCUAGUCACACCUGCAGUUGUUUCCGACCCAAACGAUCCUCGGAUGCAAGAGCUGGAGCUGUUGGAGGAGCAAAAGGCAGAGAUUGACCAAAAGGCGGAGGCACUAGUCCGCCGGGAGUUGUGGGCUGGUUUGGGCUACAUGGUGGUCCAAACCGCGGCCUUCAUGAGGCUCACAUUCUGGGAACUAUCUUGGGAUGUGAUGGAGCCCAUUUGCUUCUAUGUUACUUCUGUUUACUUUAUGCUUGGAUACACCUUCUUCCUUAGGACAGCUAAAGAACCUUCAUUCGAAGGAUUCUACCAAAGCCGGUUUAGUGCUAAGCAAAAGCGGCUUAUGAAGACCCAUAACUUUGAUAUCGAGAGGUAUACAGAGCUCAGGAAAGCUUUUGACCCUCACUAUUCAUCAUCCUCCUUGGAUAAGAGGAUUAAGUAUGAUCAACCUACAAUUAAUUGAAGAAAACAGGGAUUAUUGAUACUUUAAUUUUCUUUUUUCGAGUCUUAUGACUUUUCUAAUUAUCGGAUAAGCCAUUUCUGUACUCUUUUUGGGUCCUUAUCCAUAAAAAAAACCGAAUUCUAUGAAGAUGAAAGAAUGUUGAAUAUAGGCAGCUGCGGCACUGUGUAAAGACUAAGGAUUAGAGAAAACUCAUUUUUUGUUGCAACCCUUCUUUAGAGCCUUCUUCUUUGGCUCUGCAGGCUAUGUACUCUCCUUUUGAGAACAAAAUUUAACGAGACAGAUGAAGCGAAAAAAAAAAAAAACAAAACAAAAGAUUAAAAUUAUGUUGAUAA